GUGUACAGGAUGGGGCUGGGAUCUGCUGGGGAUCGCUUGGAACAAUACGCCUCCCCUGCUUUGCCAGCUGGGCUGAGAGCGCUGAACCUUCAGCGUCCGCGCUGGACGAAAGGAGCCGGCAGACUCUCUGGACCACCCCGGACGUGUUUUUGGCCGUAGCCGCGCCCGAGACCACCAGCCGAAGCCUGGCGCUUCGAUUUAAGCCCCGGAGGCUUUCUGCUAGACGCCGACCUGAGGGGCAGAAAUUCUAACAUGACUUCAGGAUGAUUUGUGGCCAAAUUCUUGAGACAAUUCAUGUUUACAACUGAUAGGUUGAUGCUGCUGGAACCAGCCACAUGGCAGAGCACCAGCUUCUCAAAUAAGAGCCACCUCCCACAAUAACUUCCUUCAUAAGAACGCUACUGGAGAAAUUAUUGUAGGACAUUAAACCCAGAAGAAGCCUCUCAGUCUCUUGUCCUCAUCUGCAGAUCUUCUCCAUUCAUCCCUGCAGGAUGGACCGCUCUGCCAACUUCACCUGUUUCUCUGCCACCACCUUGGCAGAGCCCAACUGGACCGAUCCUGGCCUCCUGCCCAGCCCCUCUGGCAUGGGUAGACCUUUGUCAAUCUUCAAAGUCCUCAUCUUGACUUUGCUGGCAAUGCUGGGGGUUGCCACCUUCCUUUGGAACCUGCUGGUGCUGGCUACCAUCUUGCGGGUGCGUACUUUUCACAGGGUGCCCCAUAACCUGGUAGCCUCCAUGGCCAUCUCUGAUGUGAUGGUGGCCGCUUUGGUGAUGCCCCUCAGCCUGAUGUAUGAAUUGUCCGGCCAUCGCUGGCGUCUGGGGAGGCUACUGUGCCAGAUCUGGGUUUCUUGUGACGUGCUGUGCUGCACGGCCAGCAUCUGGAACGUUACAGCCAUUGCACUGGAUCGUUACUGGUCCAUAACACGGCAUCUGGAGUACACGCUGAAGACCCGCCGGUGCAUUUCCAAUGUUAUGAUUGCUCUGACUUGGCUGCUGUCUGCUAUCAUCUCCUUGGCUCCGCUGCUCUUUGGCUGGGGAGAGACUUAUUCCGAGGGCAAUGCUGAGUGCCAAGUCAGCCGAGAGCCUUCGUACACCGUCUUUUCAACCUGUGGAGCUUUUUAUGUGCCUCUCUGCGUUGUGCUGUUUGUCUACUGGAAGAUCUACAAAGCAGCCAGGUUUCGCAUUGGAUCCCGCAAGAGCAAUUCCAUCAGUCCCAUUACACCUGGAGCUCUAGAGGUUGAUUCUCAGCAUCCUCAGAUGGUGUUCACUGCCCGCCAUGCCACGGUGACGUUUCAAACGGAUGGAGACACUUGGAGGGAGCAGAAAGAGAGAAAAUCUGCCCUCAUGGUGGGCAUCCUCAUUGGGGUCUUUGUCCUCUGCUGGAUCCCCUUCUUCAUCACUGAACUCAUCAGCUCCCUCUGUUCCUGUGACAUCCCCCCAACCUGCAAAAGUGUUUUCCUUUGGCUCGGAUAUUCCAAUUCUUUUUUCAACCCUUUGAUCUAUACAGCCUUCAACAAGAAUUACAACAAUGCCUUUAAGAACCUGUUCUCCAGACAACAAUAAAUGAUGUCUGGGAAGAGGGCCCAGAGGUGAUUUUUCCAAAAGGCAACUGGACUUUCCUGGUUUUUUUUUUCCUUUUGAAAACA